AUGCUUCUGAGCUUGGCAUUUCUCCUUUUUGCAACACCGACAGCUCUUGGUAAAAAAUUAACCGACGAGGAAAAUGAAAACCGAGAAAAGUUCUGCGGUCGCUAUGUACCGGGUUGGUUUCAGAAAAAUAUGAUUAAUUUUUCGAUUUUUGAGGAUAUCAAUCCGCAGCGGGAGAAGAAGAUCAGUUCAAGUCGCUUUACGGACGACCGGUUGAGGAGGUCGUUCCUUGGGCCGUUGCCAUUCAUUUAUUGGACGGUUAGUUCGGGGAGGUGCUCCGAAGGUGGAGGAUUUGCGCCGAAAAAUAAAGAACGCGCCGAAAAGUGAGGAGGGUGCGCCGAAAAGUUAGGAGCGCGCCGAAAAGUGAGGAGGGUGCACCGAAAAGUGAGGAGCGCGCGCCGAAAAGUGAGGAGGGUGCGCCGAUGACGUCACUUUCUAAAUUUGCUUCACUAUUUUUAAUGGCGCAGUUUAGGAGAAGACAGUGAGAGAGUGACCAAUUUUUUUUUUCGCGAAACCAUUUCAAAAUAACUUAUUUGCUGUCCCUUGAAUCAGAAAACUUUUUAAAAACGUGAAAACUUCGCGUUUCUUGCUUUCUUUUACAAGUUCAUACUAGAUAUAGUCUGGAAAGUGCUGUUUUUUCUCUGCGCCCUCUUUGUAUCUGGGGGAACCUCUCAUGUUGACGUUCUCUUUUCUCGUUUCUCUGACAUCUCCGGUGAGGGAACAAAAAGACACUCAAAAACUUUCGAGCCGCUUAAAAAUAGCCAUUUUUGUCUUCAGAUCAAGGUAGAUCGUCGUUCCGCGGCACUGGAACCCUGAUUUCACCACGGCACGUCCUCACCGCCACUCAUUUGCUCGAACCGGAGCCGGAUUGUAAAAGAGGGUCUUAAAACCACUUUCGGGAGAGAUUUAUCAAUAAAAUGUUUCAGAAAAAUAGUGGGAGUGAAAUUCAGCGCGAAAGACUUUGCCGUCGUCAUGAACGUGACGUGUGCCGUACGGGCAGCUUGUGAAAAACUGGGGCGACAGGAUCAAUUUGUCAUCCAUACAGUUGCCAAUGUGGGUUUGGAGAAUUUAAAUCGGAAAAUAGUAGGCUCAAGACAUGUAUGGGGGACCAUUUUUUUAAUCGCUCUUAUUACAUCUUUUUGAAAUUGAGUCAGUACUGCCUCCUGAAAAGGGAACGUUCGUUAGCCUCUUGUCAAUUUUUUUCGAUGAAACUAGGUCGCGGAAUUCCUUCUUGGAUCCGUUAUUUUCGAAAAAAUUUCUUGCAUUAUAAUUUGUUUUGAAAAUAGCUCAUAAAUUAUAAUCAUAACGAUAUUUGAGAGGCUUGAAGGCUUCAUGACUCGUGAACAAGAUUGCGAGAGUUUUUAUUUGUCUUGUUCUGGAAUUAGGAGACCCUGAAGUACAUUUCAGCCGAUUUUUAUUAAAGUUCAACGAAAGGGAGACAAAAAAACUCUUGUAAGAUUGGAAAUUCUUUUUUCCUUUAAUUUUCUCUAUGGUUAAAUAUUAUUUUCGUACUCGUUUAUCGAUUUUGUCUAAGCUUUCAUCGCCUUCUGUACGAUUUGAGUUGUUCACUUCUUCACGUAUGGUUCUGUAAAUGUUUUUUUUUAUCCGCUCUGGUAAGGCUCAACUUUCUAGUUUCGUUGCACGCGUCGCGGUCGCGUAACGGUUACAAAAACUAAAAAAGUUCAAACGAAAAUAUUUUUUGUUGAACUUGAUGAUUUUUCUUCAAAACUUUCUUGUUUCGCUUCAAAAUUCCAAUAUCUCCACACGCGUCGCGGUCGCGUAACGGCUUCAAAAAUCGUAAAGUUCAAACGAAAAUAUUUUUCAUUGACUUCAACACUUUUUUUGAAUAAACCUUUAACGCGAUCAAAAAUUCCAAUACCUUCACACGCGUCGCGGUCGCGUAACGGCUCUUUAAAAAUCCAAACGGAAAUAUUUUUCUUCGAAAGGGCUUUUCCACAAUUUUUUCUUGUUAAAACCCUGAUUCGAUCCACAAUUCACGCGCGUCGCGGCCGCGCUGCGUUCUACAGGGUGACAAAUAAAUAUUCAAACGCGUUUGAAACGUUAUAACUUUCUCAAAAGUCAACCAAACACCACCAAACUUGGAACAAAUUUUAUUCAUACAAUAUAGGAACAAAAUUCAAGAAUAGUUUUCAAAACUUCCUCCUUUAGCUUUGAUAAUGGCCUUCAGUCUCUUCGGAUACGCAUCGAUCACGGCACGAGGGUAGUCGUCGUCGAUUUCGUCCCAUUUCUUGAUGAGGGCGGUCUUCAGAGCUUUGAUACUUGGGUAGUUCUUAGAAGAGACCUUCUCGGUCAGAUAUUUCCACACGGCAUAGUCCAUCGGGUUGAGGUCGGGCGAGGAAGCAGGCCAAUCAGCAGCCGAGAUGAACUCGGAAAAUUGGCGCGAUACCACUCUUGAGUCCCUUUGGCACGAUGAGCGGGGGCGCCGUCUUGCUGGAAGGUCCAUGGUCGGUUUCCGUAGUGAGAAUUGGUCCAGGGCAACACCCCCAACUUUAAAAUCUACGCCCUGUAGUAUACUUGGUUCACUUUGACUCCAGGAUCCACAAAAAUCAGCGGAGUUUUGCCGUCAGCGGUAAUUCCGGCAAAUCCAUCACGGAAGCCGGAUGCGAAGUUUUAUUCAGAAUUUUUCCUUUUUCACAGGCAUUCUGAUAGUCAGUAGCGAUGAUCCGAUGAUUUUGGCCGUUUUUGUUCGCCUCCACAGUGAAGAUUUUCUCGUCGGUAAAUAGCGUCGUCAGAUGCGAGCCAUCUUACGUGCCAGCGAGCAGCUUUCAAGCCUUUUUCAUCCGCAAUGUCUUGUUUUUUUGAUUGAGGAAGGCUCCUUUCUGCAUACGGUAGGGAAUCAUCUUCAGCUUGUCCUUGACAACAGUUCUCAUCGAUCCUUGACUCAUUUUGUAUUCUUUUGCCAUCUUUCUCACGCUUCUUUCCGGAGUGCGUCUGAUUUUCUCUCGAACGGCUUUGACUGCUUCUGGGGUCGUGACGGUGACUGGAAAUCCCCUUCUUUGGAUGUCAUCUGAAGUACCGAGAUGCCGAUAGCGUUGUGCAGUUCGAAAAACGAGAACACGAGACACUUUCAGCUUUUUACCGAUCUCUGAAUUCGUCAUUCAGCUUUUGACACAAUCAAUGAUUGCGGUAGGGUACAGAGAUGGGGCCACCAUUACCUGAAAACUGAAAAGUAUGAGCUGUAACUUCAAACACAUGAUAAGUGAGCCUGAAUGAACGAAAUAAACAAAAAAAUUCAAAGGCCAGUCCUUUGUACAAGAAGCAGCGAUCAAACAAAAAACGGUUUGAAUAUUUAUUUGUCACCCUGUAUGACGUCACUUGAACUUCAGAUCUACUCAUUCCCCGGUUUCCUCGGCGCCAAAUGCCCAUCAAUGAUCGCCUACGGCGAUAUUUCUAUUUUCGAACUCGAAAAUGACAUUCCCUUUGGCCCAACUGUCUACCCGGCGUGUGUCCCAAGUGAAAAUUAUCAAUUUUUAUCGAAUUAUCAUCAUUUUUUUUUAGGAACCUCUGAUCCUGUCGGCUUGGAAGACAAGCUGAAUAUUUUCGGAUUCGGAUCGGAUCGUUAGUUUUUCAAGAAAACAUUUUAUUUUCUCAAAAUUUCAGCCGCGGACAAGGAAUGGCAGAGGUCUGGAAUCAUGAAGACGUUCCCCUCAAUGGUUGGUUCAUAGAAGCGACCACUUGAGGGGUAAAAGGUAUCAUUUAGAAGAAAGAGUGCACAAGUGGGGACCUUAACACGACCGGCGUUUUCUGUUCGGAAUCUGCCAAAAAAGAGUUGGCUUGUUCGGUUGGUUUUUUGAAUAUUCUCAGUGGAGCGCACUUGUCGUUUAUAUCACUUCACGGGAUUUUUUCGCUAAAUUUUUCUAGCAAUGCCUAAGGCGUUUGCACCUGAAUGAUAUUCUAUAGUUUUUGAUCAGUUUCUUGUUCGGUUCGAAUUUUUGGAGUUAUAUUCUCAGUAGAGCGCACUUGAUUGUAUAUUUUUUAUUUAAUUUACGGGCUCUUUUUCACACUCUAGCGAUGCUCAAAGAGUUCGAAAAUUCAAUGAGUUUUCAUGAUUUUCGACCAGUUUCCUGUUCGGUUCGAUUUUUUGAAGUUGUAUUCUCAGUGGAGCGCACUUGUUUUUUGCAUAGUUUUUAUCGCUUCUCGGGCUCUUUUUUCACGUUUUUUAGCAAUGCUUGGGGCGUUUGCACCUGAAUUAUUUACGAUGACUUUGAAUCAGUUCUGCUCAGCUUUUUUUCAGUUUGAAUAUUUCUUUCGGAUUUUUAAAAUGUUUUCGUAGAUGAAUUGAUCUAGUAGAGUUCAUUUUCGUUCAUUUUUUUUUAAAGUUUUCCAGCCUUUUUGCCUCCUCUGAUGAUAUCAAAAUUAUUUGAGACAUUUCCAGGGCGACAGCGGCUCGGGAAUCGUCCGAAAAAGACCAGGAAAGCCGACCGUCGAAGUGGUUGGAAUUCUUUCGGGAGGCAGAAAUUGCAUCGACCUGCUCAAGGAGCACGAAAUUCAGCAGCGAUGUUCAUUUUUUCUUCUCUUGAUUCAAUAUUUAAAACUUGAUACGCUCUGACUGGAAAAAGUCUGCUGCGGCUUUUCCUACCUAAACUUCAAGGUCACACGAACGAAAAAAUAACCUGAAAAAGCGAGAGAGCGCAAAGAAAACAAGAUAUUUCGAGUUGCGGUGAAUGGAAAAAAAGAAGUUUUUGAAGAAUUGUUUUUGAAGCUUUUCAAGAUGAUCUUAGCGCCGUGUUAAAAGUGAUUUCCGUGAAAUUCGAAAUUAUCUCUGACUCUCUUGAAUUGAGUUAUAUUUCUCACUCUCUGACGGAUGUAUUUGAAAUUAGCGGAAUCACUUUGAAGAAAUAAAAAGUCUGAAAGUUCGUUAGAGGCCUCGAAACGGUCUGACCUGUCUGGGCUCUCUUUUCUCUCAUCCUCGAAAUCCACUAAGAAUAACUGACGAGAUAAAUGCGAGCUCGGUGGCGGUACAUUGACUAACUCACAAAAAUGUCGCUUUUUUCUAGGCGCGAUCCAGCAUUUCUCUCGGCGCGACCUCGCAUUUUUCACGGCGCCAUCUCGCAUUUCGGAAAUUUUCAAACUGCGAGAGAAAUGCGAGCUCGUGCCUAGAAAAAUGCGAGCUCGCGCCCAGAAAAAUGCGAGACCGGCGCGAGAAAAAAAUCGAGAUGUUUGCGAGCUCGUCAAUGUACCGCCAGUGUCUCGCGUUUAUCUCGGCAGUUAUUCUUAGUGUCAUGGAGACUUGGAAAAAGCAUAGGAAGACGAGAGGGAGAAGAUGGCAGAAAAAAAAACAUGUCUAAUCAAUAAAAAUCGAUAAUUUCAGACGGUCGCCUGAUGACGACGGCCCAGGAUUACCUCGUCGAAGUCUCCUACUUUCUGACGUUCAUCUGCAACGCUUCUGGAGUGUGUCCGGUCGAGAAUGAAGCUUGA